AUGCGCCAACAAUUCGUUGACUGGGCUCGGCGACACUUUUUACAAUAUCCAUUGCUAUCUAGAUCUCACUCUCAAUCCCGAUCAACCAAGGAUACCUUCCGUGGCGAGCCAAAGGGAAGCAUCUGUAAAUUGCCAGCGGAGGUCGGCCAUGCUUCCGCCCCUUCGACGACAUGGAACCCGAUCUGGUUGCGCACGAGCUUCCUUUCAGCAACAGUAUUGACCUUCUCUGCUCUUAUUUCAGUUCUGUUACUCUUGCUUUAUUUUGUCAGAAGAGAUGACGGUCUAGUCCUUCGGACAUCAAAUCAUUUCACUUGGACGUAUGGGCCGACUGCCGUGCUCACAAUUGUUGUGGCUUCAUGGCGGCAGAUCGACUACUACUGCAAAGCUCUUGCGCCCUGGGAUGAGCUGCAUCGAGGAAACGUUCAACCAUUGAAAAGUGUGUUACUCGACUACAAGUCGCCCCUACAAAUUAUAAGCUUCUACAAAGCGGCCAAAAACAGACAUUUUACCAUUAUCACCACUAUACUGGGAUUCGUUAUUCUUAAGUUGAUCACCCUUGCCUCCACCGGCCUUCUCUUUCCGGACUCUAUUGCUUUACCAGACAGUCAAGUUGAAAUUUCAAGAAUCACAAGGCUGGACGGCUCACUCUAUGAUGCGUCCGCCAAUCAAGGGCUUUUCGACCCGUCAAUUGCAUACACUGCUUUCGCUGCCAUGAGCAAGGGAUUGCCUUACGCGGAUGGAACGACUGCUGAAAUGGUUUACGAACAAAUUGGGAAUUUCAAAUUACCGCCACAGAGUCGUGACGACAACGGAACAGUCAGCGCACAAGUUCAGGCUCUUGUCCCAACAUACCAUUGUGAAAGUGCUCCUGUGGCGGUAAUUCUUCAGCCAGCAAAUGUAACAGAUUUUCAUCCUGAAGACACCCUCCAGUUGUUGUUUCCUGAGUGUACUCUGAGAGCCGAUGGGAAAGGGACGCCCGUCUACGCUCUCAAUCCUCAGACUUUUGUUUGUCCAGAACGUCAGCUGAGUCCUUUAGUACAGCAAAUUGAUUGCAACACGAAUUCUACUCCGGGGAGCCUGGACAAUUGGCAACUCCUGACGCUGACGGACUUUCGCUACAAUCAAACGGUUGCCAAUGCGAGCGACCUGACUCUGGGAGACCCAGUUUCCGCGACUGCUUGGUCUACAGGCGUGGCACAAGUGGUCGGCAUCGCUUGUAGGUCGGGGUUUUCGCUCGAAAGGAUUCAGUUGUCCUACGAUUUGCAGAGUCUUUCUGGUGGAAUUCGAGUAAACCGUACAGAGAAUGGCAACAACACCACCCUAGGGAACUUUACAGGCUUUGAUCUUGGCGUCCUCACCACUUCGGCCCUCAGCGCCAGCGCAGAUAUGUUUGGUAAUCUGGUGGAUAACCAAGACGUUCUGGAGUAUCCAAAUGUGCUUUUCAAAAUGAUGGCCGCAAUAAGUGGCGGCACUUAUGAGGAUUUGCUGAAUGAAACCACGAUGAUCGCAGCCGCGGAGAAGGUCCUUCAACAAGUGGCCCUUCAGUCGGCAGCUAAGUAUAUCAUCAACGCUGAUAACACAACUCUCCCAGGCACCUUCCUCCAAAAGGAAGAGAGACUUCGGGUCAGCGACUUUUCACUCUGGGUCAUGUUCUCGGGCUGCGUGGUGAUGACUAUUUUGACAGUAUUCCUCCUUUGGAAGAGACCGAAGAAUCUAUGUCUCCGCAAUCCUGAACCCCCAAACAGGAAUGCAGAGCUCCUGGCCCACAGUAUCGAUUUUAGGGAAGCCCUGAGGAGUAUUAGGCUCGGUGGAGAUGAUGAGCUUAGAGCUAAACUACAAACCUUCAGAUUCAGUGCCGAGUGUCGAACGUAUGGUGAUGAUGACCGUGUUGUCUCUAUCUCGGUAUCACCCUCCGAACAUUCUCUGGGUGGCAAAGACGACGACGAUAUGUCUCGAAAUGAUGGGACUAUGUGGUGGAGUCCUCUGACACUAAAACGUCCGAUUCUCGUCAUCAGCCUGGUCAUGCCACUGGUCGCUAUUGGAAGUCUCGAAGCGCUACAGCAAGUCUCAGACAAACGGCACGGAUUUGUUGCUGUCCAUGAAUCAACCGGCACCUCCAUUACCAUAUAUACCCGGUUCCUCCCUGCUUUAUUGAUGUUGCUUGUUGCAACUAUGAUCAACUCUCUCGAUUUCAACAUUGCUGUUCUAGCACCGUACAAUGCGGUCCAUUCCAAAGUUGGCAGUUCAGCAUGGAGAAGCACCGCAACUUCAAACCUUGGAUAUCCACCUCCACUUGCCAUCUGGAACUCAAUGAGACACCACCAAUGGGGACCUUGCCUCUCUGGACUUGCUAGUCUCAUCGCAAGUGUUCUUACUAUUGUGGUGUCCGGCCUGUAUACCGUCGACAAGCUACCUCUGUCUCAAACAAUUUCCAUGGGUCGUGCAGACACAUUUAAUACGACAUGGAUCAACAGUGUCAAGAAUGACGGCUCAGCAGCAGUUGUCGCAAGCUUGACGGAAAGUUUGGGCUUGGAUUAUCCGCAGUUCACAUACGCAGAACUAGCCCUACCUUCCCUAAAGUCUCUUAUACCUGCGAAAGACGGCGGUGACACCAACGCGACUCUACAGAUUCAGGUUCCGGCACUACGCAGCGAUCUACAGUGCGUGGAGCUGGCUAGUGAUAUGGUGAAUGUUUCGGCAAGCUAUAAUUCCAGGAUUGACACAGCUCAGGCAUCAGUGUCUGCUACUGCGCGCUUGCCUGCAACGUGUCCCUUUGGUGGUUCAAAUGGUACGGCGAAUUACAUUCAAUUCAGCAACACCUUUUCGCUGCGCGACAACUCAAGUUUUGUCGGCAAGCUCUUAGAUUUGCAUGUCGGUCCGUUCGAUCCGAUACAGGAUUCCAGCUUUGGCGAGCUGUCGCCAAACACACAGGCGGAUAAUCCUCCUGGAUGCCCGUCUUUGGCUUUUCUCUAUGGAUAUGCAGAUGUCAAUGCUCCGUCAAGGACCGUGAUGACGACCUUGAUGUGCUAUCAGUAUAUCGACCAGCUUUCAACGAACGUGACUUUUGCCUGGCCUGACCUCACCAUCCCUACAACUCGACCUCCUGUAGUGAAUGAGUCUUCCUCAGAACGGCUCACGAGUGGCGUGAACGGCGAGACCGCGUUCCAGUUCCGCCUGCAGCUGCACAUGGACGAUGAGUUCUCGUCCUUCAACCAGACGGCGAACGAUACCGCCACACUCGCAGAAAGCUCACCGCCGAUGGACAACUUUUUUCAAGGCGUCCUCUUUGGCAAGCAGCCGCUGAACAUUUCUCUUCUGGCGAGUACUCGGCCGGAAGACAUCUCACAGGUCUACGGUGGCAUCCGCGGCCUAUACCGUCGGUACAUGGCGCAGGCUAUAUCAAGCAAUAUGCGAGUUCCCAUCAAUACUCGCGCGGAGGAGGACGACUCUGCAACAACAGGUUCUGUAAACCACACAACAACUGUGACAAUGACAGGCACACUCCAGGACGCGACCCUCCAAGCCCGAAUCGUGCAAUCCCGCGUCGCGAAACUCAUCCUCCAGGUCCAGCUGGGUCUCAUCUUCGUACUCGCCUCGCUCGCCUGCUACUGCUCCAAACUACAUGAGAUCGUCCCCUUCAACCCGUGCACCAUCGCCGGCGUCGCGGCUCUGUUUGCGUGGAGUAGAAUGUGCGACUUUGACGAUCCUGUGGGGAGAGAUCUCAUGAUGCGAAACAACAAUGGUGGACAGGGACAGGGAAUGCGGCGCGACGAUGGAGGACAAUAUAGACAUGGAUAUAGAUAUAGAUUGGGGUGGUGGGACAUUGGGCAUGGAGUAGGGGGAGAAGCUGCACCUAGGUGGUAUGGCAUUGAUGCGGUGGAGCGAGAGGAGGAGGAAAGUUCGUAG